AGAGAGCGGGCUGUUGUUUUUUUUGUAUCCUCGUUGUUUUUCUCUCUUGAGUGUUUUAUUGAGAGUAAACAGAGUCUUGUAUCUGUGUAUUUUAGUGUUGAUGAUGAGAUGGAUGUGAUGUGCUGUAAAUCAGUAGGAACUGAUCUGUCCAUGCUGGAUAUUGAUGAUUUUAUCACAGAAAUCUCUCAGCUGAAGAAAGAGGUGGCGUUACUGGAGAUAAAGCUGAGGUUAAGAGGAGAUGAAGGACUGAAUAGAGAGGAUGGGGUUUGUUGUGAAUCUUCAGAGUAUGUGACUGUUUGGAGCUCCAGUGAAUGUCUGGAUUCAGUGUGGAUGAGCAGAGAUCAGAGCCGCACACCACAGUCACUGCUGGAUAAACUCUCUGAAGAGACAUCCAGACACACACAGGACUCAGAUCUCAGUCUGUCUUUACUCUCUUAUACUGAGUCAAAGCCCACAGACGCUCAGGACACUACAGUGUGUGACAGUAAACAGAGCUUACAGGAGGAUCAAACCUCCACAGAGUCUCUGGAUUCUGUCUGUAACGCUGGAGAACAGCAGCAGAUCCUGCAGACCAAACUCAAGAUGUGUUCAGUUAAUCCGAUGGACAGUGGGAACCUGAUGAGAAGAGAAACUACAGCAGAGGAAGAUCACACUGAGGAAGAUGAUGACAAUCAUGAUGAUUUUAUUCCUUCAGAUAAGAUCAGUGAUUCGUGUUUGGAUGGAGAAAUAACGUCUUUAUCAUCAAAAGAGCGACAGACGGCACAAACUCUUUCCUGCAUCACCGAUGGAGAGACAUUGAGCUCACAGAGACUUUUAGAUAGAAAUGCAGAACAAAAACUCUUGACCUCCACCAGAUCUGAGAUCAGCUUCACUACCCUACAAAAGUAUAAACGUCAUCAUUCAAAAGUGCACAGAGAGAAGAAGAAGAAGAAGAAGCACUUUCACUGUCAGCAGUGUGGGAAGGAUUUUGGCUUCUUAUAUCAGCUAAAAGUUCACGUGAGGACACACAGUGGUGAAAAGCCUUUCUACUGCACUGAAUGUGGCAAAUAUUUCAGCACCAAACAACAUCUUGAUCUUCAUCAGAGUAUUCACACUGGAGAGAAACCAUACGAGUGUCCUCAAUGUGAGAAGAGAUUCAGCCAAAAACAUUGUCUGAAUAGACAUAUGCGUAUACACACCAAUGAGAGACCGUAUCAGUGCAGUCAAUGUGGAAAAACCUUUAGGGAUUCAGGUGCAUUAAAAUCACACCAGAAUAUUCACUCUGAGGAGAAACGCUAUCCGUGUUCACACUGUGAUAAAGGUUUCUGUCAGAAAUUUAAUCUGAUAGUCCAUGAGAGAAUUCACACUGGAGAAAAACCUUACGUCUGCUCUCACUGUGGAAAGAGCUUCUCUGAUUCAAGUCAUUUUAAAGUUCAUCAGAGAGUUCAUACAGGAGAAAAACCAUACAAGUGUCCUCACUGUGAAAAGAGAUACAGACGAAACCAGAAUCUGAAGACACAUAUGCUUAUACACACCAAUGAAAGACCGUAUCAGUGCAGUGAAUGUGACAAAACCUUUAAGGAUUCACGUUCACUAAAAAAACAUCAGAAUAUUCACUCUGAGGAGAAACGCUAUCAGUGUUCACACUGUGAUAAAGGUUUCGGUCUGAAAUAUCUUCUGAUUAUCCAUGAGAGAGUUCACACUGGAGAAAAACCUUAUGUCUGCUCUCAAUGUGGAAAGAGCUUCUCUGAUUCAAGUACUUUUAAAGUUCAUCAGAGAAUUCACACUGGAGAGAAACCAUACGAGUGUCCUCACUGUGAGAAGAGAUUCAGCCGAAAACAUCAUCUGAAGUCACAUAUGCUUAUACACACCAAUGAAAGACCGUAUCAGUGCAGUCAAUGUGACAAAACGUUUAAGGAUUCACGUUUACUAAAAAGACAUCAGAAUAUUCACUCUGAGGAGAAACGCUAUCAGUGUUCACACUGUGAUAAAGGUUUCUGUCAUAAAUCUAGUCUGAUAAUCCAUGAGAGAGAUCACACUGGACAAAAACCUUACUUCUGCUCUCACUGUGAAAAGAGCUUCUCUCAUCCGAAUAGUUUUAAAGCUCAUCAGAGAAUUCAUACAGGAGAGAAACCUUACAUCUGCUCUCAAUGUGGAAAGAGCUUCACUAAUCUAAGUCAUUUUAAAGUUCAUCAGAGAAUUCAUACAGGAGAGAAACCUUACGUCUGCUCUCAAUGUGGAAAGAGCUUCUCUCAUCCGAAUAGUUUUAAAGUUCAUCAGAGAAUUCAUACAGGAGAGAAACCUUACGUCUGCUCUCAAUGUGGAAAGAGCUUCUCUCAUCCGAAUAGUUUUAAAGUUCAUCAGAGAAUUCAUACAGGAGAGAAACCUCAUCACUGUACUGUUUGUGGAAAGAGUUUUAGUUAUCGUCAAAGUUUAGUGAAACACCUGAGAACUCAUACAGGUGAAAAACCGUUACAAAUGUUCUCAGUGUGAGAAGACGUUUACUAACCCAGAUUCCUUAAAAGCCCAUUUGAGAGUUCAUACGUGAGAGAAUCAUACACCCAGAGCAAUGGGCAACGCAAGUGCUCUUCACUAGUUUCAACCCAUCGCAAUGAUCAAUUUCACAUUUAGUGCCGCGUUGUUUAAAAAGCAAAUGCAUUUGCGCACAAUUUUGCACCCAUGGGCGUUCUGGUCUGAAAAUGAGCCAUGUGAACUUCAGGCACAUUCUUGGUGCGUUGUUAUUUUGAGGCAACUAAAAUAGACUACGCCAUUGACCAACUAAAACCUGGUUUAAAGUCAAUGGCGCAAUAUUGUUUUUGUUAUUUAAUGAGCGUGUUAGUAAUACGGCACAGUGCGCGUUUGCUUAUCACACCCAUGGAUGCGCAGCAGAACACAACCCUUUUAUAAUAUGAAAAGUUAAAGGAUUAAAAUGUAAAAGAUUAUUAAUGAGUCUCUUGGACUUAAAUGAGGACCGAUUAUGAGACGUUAGAAGAUGUAAAGAGCUGCUUCACCUGUAGCUUGGUAAGAAAUUGUUUUGCUUUAAACACAUACUUCUGUUUUAAAAUGUUUUUUAAAUGCUACCUCACGAAUUUGUACCUGUGGAUAUGGUGAGAUAAGAAACAUUUUUAAGUAAUGCUUUAAAAAAAAAACAUGGCGCUGUCCGAGUGCUGAAACGGUUCUCUGCAUGUUUGUAAAUUCUUUAUCUUCUGUUUGUUACAAAUAAAGUAUUUUUAAAGUACAAACCUUUUCUUGCAUAUCUGCAGAUUUUUUUACACUGAUUUUGUAAGAUAUCUGUCACAGGGUGACUUAGGGCGGAACCAAAAAUAGAGAGGAGAGGUUCCGCC